GGUUGCUCACAUGACAUCUUCAAUGCUGUAUGAUUUUAUAGAGGGACUUGCAGCGUGGCAGUGUGGAGAGCUCCACGAGUCAGAGUCUCAAAAUGGGAAAGCAGAAGAGAAGCUACGAGAAGAGGUCAGUCACUCCCAGUCACUGGAGAUGGUCCCAGCAGUACAGAGCAAGGAAACACCAGGCACCAGGAAAGGGCCUGGUGUCCUUUGAGGAUGUGUCUGUGGACUUCACUUGGGAGGAGUGGCAGGACCUGGAUGACGCUCAGAGGCAGCUCUACAGGGACGUGAUGCUGGAGACCUACAGAAGCCUGGAGUCCUUGGGUCACUGCAUUACCAAACCUGAGGUAAUCUUUAAGUUGGAGCAAGGAACUGGUCCGUGGAGAGUAGAAGUCCCAGCGCGGAGUCGGCCAGAUGUCCAGAAAGUAACUGAAGUGAAUGACACCAGCCAGGGCAAUGAAGAGAGACGUGUGUGGCACCUUGUGAUCACCAACAGCAGCACGUCCACUGAAGAGAAAGUUAAAGCAGGAAAAACAUUUAAUGUGAGCUCAAUCCACCUUCCCAAUCUGGCUGUAAAGAACAGAAAUUCUUCUGGAAUGAGGCCCGCAGCGCUUAUGGUACGGCGGAAUGUGCCUCCCCAUAAUGAGCCCGAUGACAUGCAGACCGGAAAGGAAGGUGAUGGCUCUCUCACUAGUGAGCCCCCCAUAAACACAGAGCAUCAUGGACUGUAUAACAGAGCUCUAGGUACUCGACAGCAUUUUCAGUGUUUUAGGCACGAAGCGACCUACAGCACAAAGGUGCCAUGGACGAAUAAGAGAUUUCACAUUGCACGUAGUUCCAGUGAGGCUGGAGAGUCUGAGAAAGCGCCUGAUGAGGUAGCUCUUGAUGCCGAAGAUAUGAGUUGGGUCGGGGAUGAAACUUUUGAAUGUAGUGUUUGUAAGAAAGCAUUCUGCACAAAGCUUAAGCUCACUAAACAUAAGAAAAUACACAAAGGGCAGAAGAAAUAUUACAAGUGUAGUGACUGUGAGGAAACCUUCACUAAGAAAUCAUACCCCCACCCCCAGAGAAUACAUGUAGGAGUCAGGCCCUAUAGAUGUAAGCAAUGUGAGAAAUUUUUUUAUCAGAAAAAUGUGCACCAGAGAGGCCCCAGGGGAGCAAAACUCUAUGAUACAUACCAGUGUGAAGAAAGAUUUAACGAGAAGCUGGAUGUCAGGAGGAAUCCGAGAACCUGUGCAGGUUCCAAGCCCUAUGGCUGUAAUAUGUGUGGGAAGUCAUUUUACCGGAAGUCACACCUCAGCAGGCACCAGAGGAUUCACACAGGUGAGAAGCCUUAUGCAUGUAAAGAGUGUAAGAAGACUUUCUACCAUAAGUCAUCUCUCACCAUACAUCAGAGAACUCACACAGGGGAGAAGCCCUAUGAGUGUAAAAAAUGCAGGAAAACUUUCUACUGUAAGUCAGACCUGAACGUGCAUCAUAGAAGCCACACAGGCGAGAAGCCAUAUGAAUGUGACAAAUGUAGAAAGACCUUCUACUCUAAUUCACACCUCAUUAUACAUCAGAAAAUCCACACGGGCGACAAGCCAUAUGAAUGUGAAGAGUGCCAGAAAACAUUCAACCGUAAGUCAAACCUCACUGUGCACCAGAAAACACACACAGGUGAGAAGCCUUAUGAGUGUAACGUAUGCGGAAAAACUUUUCACCGUAGGUCACACCUCAGCAUGCAUCAGGCAACUCACACCGGUGAGAGGCCCUAUGGUUGUAAAGAGUGUGGGAAAGCCUUCUACCAGAAGUCGAGCCUCAGCAGGCACGAGAGAAACCACACAGGUAACAGACCAUAUGCAUGUGAAGAAUGUAGAAAAACAUUCCUUCAUAAGUCAUCUCUCACUGUCCAUCAAAGAAGCCACACAGGCUACAAACCAUACUCAUGUGAAGACUGUAAGAAAACCUUUUACAGUAAGUCCCAUCUCACUGUGCAUCAGAGGACCCACACAGGGGAGAAGCCCUAUGAAUGUAAGAUAUGUCAGAAGGCUUUUCACCAGAAAUCGUACCUUAACAGGCAUCAGGUAACCCAUGAAAGCGAGAAACGAUUUGAAUGUCAAGAAUGCAGAAAAACAUUUUAUCAUAAGUCAUCUCUCACUGUACAUCAGAAAAUCCACCUGAGGGAAUGCCUCUGAGUAUUAUGUGAAAGCUCUUAGCGGAGACCAUCAGCAGGCAUCAGACAGGUCACACAUUGGGGAUAUUCUAAAAAUGUGGACAGUGU